CCGGCUAUGAAGCCAUAGAUACCACCUCACUAAUUGAGGGAGAACAAAGAGGCAGCACUGUGUUCUAUAUACGGCCGGACUGCAAGAGGUCUCCCUGACAGCAGAGAGAACCUGGCACAUUAAGGAUGUGUGGGGGAUUAACUCUGACUCUUUUGUCCCUGGCUGUGGGUCUGCUUCUCUGUGGACAAAGGACUCUUUGUCAACUCCUUCCUGACCUUUCUGAUCCUUGUGCUAGCUCAGGUAUGUUGGAGGAUUUGUACCGUGGUACAUAAAAAAAAUGUUCUCUGCCAUGAAUACUGAAACUGAACAAAAAUGACAGGGUUCGUCAGGUAUGCACAUAUUAAAUCAUAGUCUCAUGCAUCAGCCGCCCUGAGAUAGUCCGUCUGAGCACUUUAGUCUGAACUUUUUUGGCCAGGUCGGAAUUCCGACCUGACCAAUCAGAUCAAGGAUUGAUAAAAUUAAAGGAAAUAAAGAAUGACAAAAAGCGUAUGCGUUCUCUACAGUAGGAUGCAUUUAUAGCUGGCGCUAGUCAGCCUAACUGUGGCUACUGUUAGCCAGUCAAGGAGCUAUAGUAAGUUGAGUUGACUGCACUAGUGCCGUGCAAUCUUUUUCUUGUUCUUUUAGCAACGUUCUUGGAGCAAGUCAAACAAAAAUUCAUAGCUGCUAGUCAAGCGUUUGCGGCUGACCUUUUGCAUGGGUGGACGUAAUUGAAUUCUUCUGGUUUUGACACUGCGUAAUUACAAUUAACAUUCCAUUGUGGAAUGACCUUUAGACUAAAGUGGUCAGACUGACUCUCCCAAGGCAGACUGAUUCAUGAGACUAAUUAAAUCAUUGCUGAUUGAUAGCGGAAAUUAAUUUCUGUGUAUAGCCACGAGUUGGUUCGUUGAGUUUUAAAAGAAGAAACUUGGAAUUUAUUUGUGGGAUUUAGAUCUAUUUCCUACACACGCACACACGCACACACACACACACACACACACAUGCAACAGAUCUGGGGUUGUGAAAUGCAAUAAUUAUAAUGUGUCGAUCAAUUAAGCCAUCAAGAGAACUAUAAUAAUUAUUCUCAUCAUGCUACUAUUACUGUGCUAGCCUCGUUCCUAGCCUCGUUGUCUCUAAAAUAACGCUAGGUCGCCAACUACGCCUGGUAUUGAUUGUAUCUGGGCGUGGUUAGGAACCAAAAAACAAAAGCAGAGAGAUUUUGCAAGAACAACACACUUUUCGACAAGGGCCGGUAGUGUUGGCCCUACCUACUAGCUUGUAUAGUCCAUCACAAAGGGCAGCAAUUGAUAGCAAAGAGUCUUGCCAUACCAUGUUGAAACUAGACAAAGAUGUUUCUUCAUUCCGAGAGGAGCUUGAGAGCCUGGGCCUAUCCUGCAAUGAGAGUGAGGCCUUCUUGCUUCAGCAAGAUAAUUUAUAUGUUAGUCUGAACAACCUUAAACUUGUGUUGCAUAGCGAAAUUAUGACAGGAAACAAAAUGUGAAGAAUCUCUGCUUUUGUUUCCGGUUCCUCAGAUACAAUCAUUACCAGGCCGUAUUUUUCAACUUCAGAAAAAUUGGCCUGGGACUGAGGCUAUAAUUCCUGCGCUGGAAAUCGUACAGGAAAACGGUGCUAGUAAGAGCAACUAGUAAUUGCACGGUGCCAAGCCAUAAUUGGACUGGGUUUUCCGAAUAACGCUGCAGCUAAGAAUGCUGCAAUGAAAACUGUAUCAUAAAAAAUAAUGAUCGGCAAUAUAUCCACAUAGAGUAUGGUCUCUCUCGUGCAAUAAUAGGAUUCAAAACAAGCACUGGCAUGCAUGAUGCAUGGUAAAUAACACUAGCUUCCUUGUGCAAUCUAGAUAACAUAUGCCAUUGCCCAUAAUUAUGGUUACACUCUUAACUUAAUUAUAAGAUAUUGACAUAGCCUAUUUUCCUCCCUCCCUACUCCCCCAAAAUGAGUCGCCUAGCGACAGUGGAGGCGAAGACAGGAAGAAAAGGGGAGCUACCAGUGAGAAUCGAAAGCUGUGGCCAAAUGGAGUCGUAUAUUACACCUUUUCAAGCAGAUUCAAUGCUGCUGAGAGGAGACAGAUACUGGAGGCAAUGAAGCAUUGGGAAGACCACACCUGCAUUAGAUUCAAGCACCGCUCAAACCAGCCGCACUAUGUCAACUUCUUCCCAGGAGCAGGUUGCUGUUCCUAUGUUGGGAGAAUUGACUAUGACCGUCAACCACAGGGAGUUUCGAUUGGUCGUUUCUGUUUCAACUUUCACCCAAUUGUGCACGAGAUCAGCCAUGUUGUUGGUUUCUGGCACGAGCAGAGCCGACCGGACCGUGACGAAUACAUCGAUAUCAUCGAAGGCAACAUAGUCCCUGGUUAUGAGACAAAUUUCCAAAAGAUUCUGUCAUGGCGGAUUGAUUCUCAAGGAGUCAGUUACGACUACAACAGUAUCAUGCACUACGAUUCCAACUUUUUCUCCAGAAAUCCCUUUGUAGACACCCUCAGGGCAAAGGACCCGUCCAUCCCAGUGGGAAAGCUCGAGUACUGAGCAAGUUGGAUAUCGAACAAACAAAUCUAUUGUAUACGUGUGAUACGAAAAACAUGCCCCCGCCCAGUGUGAUCCUUCUUCCUCUGCCCACACCCCCUCCAUUCCCCACCGUUCCCUACUCCUGUGUCGAGCAUUUGACGGCUCUGAAAGGAUCAUUCCAGUCUCCUGGCUACCCACUCUAUGAGCACAAUACGGACUGUGUCUGGAUGAUCAAGGUUGUCGAUGGUUACACAAUUCAGCUGAUAUUUGAUCCAAUUGAAUUGGAAAACACGCACCAGUGCGUCAAGGAUUACAUCAAAGUGUUUGAUAAUCUCCAUGGAAGCGGGGACGGCCAAGUGAUUUGUGCCUAUUACAAUGUCUACAAUUACAGACUACAAACAAACACAGCACGGAUACAUUAUCACAGUGACCAUGACAACGAUCAAUCACGCACACUCACACCACUCGCUGGAUUCAGGGCCUCUUAUAAAGUCGUAGAUAUCGACGAGUGUGUGUAUACACACUGCUCUCACAGCUGUCGCAAUCUUCCCGGCUCCUACGAGUGUCGAUGCCCUCGGGGCUUCUUCUUGUCUGCAGAUGGACACAACUGUUUUGACAUGAACGAGUGUGCUCUUGGCAAUGGAGGAUGCGAUCAUCAAUGUGUCAACACGGGAGGUUCCUUUAGUUGUGGGUGUCGCCCUGGUCGCAUCUAAUUGGAGAUAGGACGAGGUUACUCUGCUAGCCUCGAUUACAGGCCUCUCAAAAUACAUUGUUUUGGAAUCAAGGCUAGGUGGCUACAUUUUUACUAGGACACCACAUAAUAAAGUCAACGCAACAGUCCCUAAUUUUAGAGGUCACUACUGAAAAUGGCAACAAAGAACACAUAGGAUGUGAUCAUUUCGUCAAUGCUGGUGGACCCUGGGCUUCUCAACUGGCUUUGAUGGCUGAAAUUGGAGACCCCACUCACUCUAACAGAGUCAUGCGUGCCCCCCUCCCAGUGAAACCACGGCGACGGUGUGUGUUUGUCAUAAAAUGCCCGGAUCUCAUCACUGAAAUUCCCUAUGCUUAUUAAUAUUGAUGGCACGUAUUUACGAAAGGAAGGAGUACAAAACACUUUCAUAUGUGGAGUGAGGACCCCUGAGCACCUGGAUCACGAUGACCUUGAGUUAGAAGUGGACUAUUCACUGUUUGACGAGUAUGUGUGGCCUAGUAUUGCACACAGGGUACCGGCAUUUGAAUCUUUGAAGUUGCAAAGUGCUUGGGCUGGUUACUAUGAUUACAACACUCUGGAUCAAAACGCAAUUAUCGGGAGGCACCCUGUCAUUAAUAACUUGGUAUUUGCCAAUGGCUUUAGUGGCCAUGGCAUAUAACAGUCACCAGCUGUAGGUAGAGCAGUUAGUGAAAUUGUUUUAGAUGGUUGUUCGCACUCUAUUGAUCUCAGUAGAUUUUCCUUUGAAAGAGUUGUGAAUGGUCAGCCAUACAAAGAAAAAAACAUUGUGUAAGAGAGAUUUUUUUUAUACAUAUUCUUACGCCAAACUUCA